CGUAACAGAGCAGAGAAGAAGAAACACAUUGAGGACAGCUUGGGGCUGUGUCGGAGGAGCUAAGCUCUUUGCGAGGGCUUCUUUCCUGGCUGCUGCUUCCUGCAUCAUCUACUGACCAGGCAGGAACCGACGUGCCGAACCGCAGCGGAGGGGCACAAUGGCGUUCACGUUCGCGGCCUUUUGUUACAUGUUGGCGUUACUGCUUACAGCGGCGCUCAUCUUCUUCGCUAUUUGGCACAUAAUCGCGUUCGACGAGCUGAAGACGGAUUACAAGAAUCCUAUAGAUCAGUGUAACACAUUAAAUCCAACAGUUGAAAAGGUCAAAAAGAUAAAACGAGUCAAAAUUGCCCUGAAGCUGGUGCUCCCAGAGUAUCUCAUUCACUUCUUCUUCUGCGUCAUGUUCUUCUGCGCCGCCGAGUGGCUGACGCUCGUCCUCAACCUGCCGUUGCUGGCCUACCACGUCUGGAGGUACAUGAGCCGGCCCGUAAUGAGCUGUCCGGGACUAUACGACCCGACGACCAUCAUGAAUGCCGACAUCCUGGCGUACUGUCAGAAGGAAGGCUGGUGCAAGCUGGCUUUCUACCUCCUCUCUUUCUUCUACUAUCUCUAUGGCAUGAUCUACGUUUUGGUGAGCUCCUAAAGUGGCGAGCGUAAAUCACGAUGGCAAAACGGGUCGGGAAACUUGGACCUCGGAGCUGUGUGAUCUUACACACACUCACACACCCACACAAACAUACACUCUCAAGGAAGCAGCUGGAGAUUGCCACAAUCGGCUACACCAGACGCCAUCUUGAAUCUCCGGGGGGCUGACGGCGUAACAUUUUAGGAACCAGAAAAGGACGAUUUUGUUAGUUUUCUUCCGUCGACUCUCAUUUUAGCCUCGGCGGCGGUUCGGGGUUGCUCGUCACCAACCUAGAGUUUGACAAACUAGUUAUUUUCCCAUGUUUUGAGGAAAUGUACAUUUUCUCCCUCUGAUAGUGUUUAAAAUGUGCGUGAGACCAAUUUCGAGGGUAAACUGAACAACGCAGUGAUAUACUCAGUGCAACCUAGUUUGUCACUUCCCUAAGGAAUUACGAAUUGAGCUAUGUUGUUUGUGUACUGUACUUUAUUUGGCCCAUCCCUCCACCCCUUUGUUUUUGUGUUAUAUUUUGUAUUUGGACAUCACCAGCACUCCUCCAUACUUUAGUCACUAGCAAUGCCAUGUUUGACAUUUGUGUACGUUAUGUUCAAAAACAGGGUUUAAUGGUCACGUACCUAAAUUGUCACAUCCCCAAAAUGUUAAGACUUGACCACUUGAGUUCAUACGACAACAAUAAAAUCAUCCCACUCUGUUUUA